AUGAUUUCAGCCGCUACUCAGUCCACCCCGCGCGCCAGGCUGGCUUUGGCCCGCGCUUCCACCACAUCUGCCGCUCGUCAGACUCGCCAAUACCGCUACGGCCCUUGGCAGGUCGAGACCGACCACGAAGCCCGCGGUCGCCAUCGCUCAGUCCGCUACAGAUACAUGGAGACGCUCAGCCGCAGGUUUGCUUGGGACAACAAGAGCGCUCGCAACGCCGCCAAGUCCACCACCCACAUCGCCACCCCAGCUUACACUCACGCCAUACAUAGCACCAGCAUUAGCUACGCUGACACUGCCAAUGUCAAGUCUUGGUCCGAUAACCUUUCGAGUCUCAGCUCCGCCAAGACGGCCGGCGCUCUUCAACGCGAUGCUGUCGACCAGCUGCUGCGUCCUCAGCAAGAUACCCCACAGAGCAUCAAGAAUCUCCGCCUUCCCCUCAAGAGCGUCCGCGACUAUGUCCAAGAUUUUGCUCCCAAGGACACCACACAAACUGUCGAUGCUGAGAAGAUGAUCGAAGCCACCUCGCAGUUUCCCCAGUACAAGGAUCUUCACGCCUACAAGUCGGCCAGCUUUGACGACCCCAACACACCUUGGGAGCUCACUGCUGAAGAAAAGUCCAAGCACUACAACGAUUUGAAGAAAUACCGCCCCAUCGAGUGGAACGAACCCGACGGCCUGCCUUCCCAGAGCGCUGAGCAGUACAAGGACCUAAAUGAGUACAAACCAUCCAAGUAUAACGAGCCUGACGGCCUUCCUGGUCGCACUCCCGAGGAGAAGAGCAAAGACUACGAUGAUCUGCACAAGUACGGCCCCGUCACCUGGAACGAACCUGAUGGUCUUCCUGGCAUGACUGCCGAGGAAAAGACCAAGCUCUACAAGGAUCUCAACAAAUACGGCGCCGUGACGUACAGCGAGCCCGAUGGCCUCCGCCCCUUGACGCCGGAAGAGCUAUCCAAAAACUAUGAAGACUUGGACAAGUACGCUGAAGGCUUCAAGUGCAAGGAUGCUCUCCUCGAGGCUCAGCAGGCACGCGAAAUGGACGGCACCCCCCGUGGUACCCCUCGCCCGCCCAAGGUCGACGUCAAGCCCGCCAACUAUGCCCAAGAAUACAAGGACCUGGACAAAUACGGCCCUGUUCGCUGGAAUGAGCCUGACGGUCUCCCGCCUCCCACCCCCGAGGAAUUGAGCAAAAGGUACGAUGACCUGGAUCGCUACGCCCAGUAUGACAAUGCUGGUCCCAAGUCGGCCCGCAUUCACCCGGAAGAGGCUUCCAAGCGUUACGGCGACCUCAACAAGUACGACGAAUUCCCCAACGCCGACCCUGCUGUUGCACGUCUUCACCCAGAGGAAGCAUCCAAACGCUAUAGUGAUCUUUCACAAUACCCUAGAGCGGGAUUCGAGGAGCCUGACGUCAAGGAACACGUUCAUCCUGAGGAGCUCACCAAGAACUAUGCUGAUCUUGCCAGCUACAAUCCCCGCGCCUUCGACGCAGCCAACAAAAAAUAUCCGACUCACCCUGAGGAGGCCACAAAAAACUACAAGGAUCUCGGCAGCUACGAUAACCCCAUUCUGGAUGACAUUGCCGCUCAACCCAUAACCUCCGAAUUUAAUGAGCAUGAUCUUGAGAUUCGUCUCAAGACUGCUUCUCACCAAUCUAGCACGAGUAAGCUGCAGUUAGCUCCCAAUGUGCCCAACGGCGCUACCAAGGCUGCUGCCAAACGUCGUUUCGUCAACCUCGAAGAUGCGAAGAAGAAAUAUCAGACGUCUUUCGAGGCCGACGUCCCCAAGGGCCCAGUCACCAAGGCACAGCCCUUUGUUGAUGUCGAAUUCGAGGCUGCCCGCCGCGCCAAGAAACUCGUGGAUGGCAAGUCCAAGUACGCCGCUGAGUGGGGUGCUGAGGAGCACCAGCAGCCACCGGUGGCUUCACAACUCGAGACUGUCGCUGAGCAGAGACUCUCCAAGCUCGAGGCGGCCAAGGCUGAGCACGAGCGCCGCUUUGAGCAGGAGAGCGAUGAGGGCGUCAGCUCCAUGGACGAGAGCUUCCCCACAAGCAAAAGCACCGUCCAAGAGGCCCUCGACAAGUUGUCUGCGGAGCAAAAGGGCGCCAUGAGCGCGGCCGAGCGAGCUCAGGCUCAGCAGGAACCCUACUCAAAAGCCCCGCAAGGACUGGAAGUAAGCUAUUCACAAGAAACUGGCGGUAAAGCGACUUGGCCGACACUCGUGACGCAUUAUCGAUCCGAUGCUAACGAAACUGCAGAACAAGACUCGCCGUCGCAAGCAGUAAGUGGAGGACAUGGCGCCCACACAGCCGCUGCCGAGUACGUGAUCCUCGCGUUUGACCCGGAGACGCAGACGGUCAAUGUUGCAGAGACGAGCUCGGCCGUGGAAUCCGUAGACUCUUCGUCGCAGCAGACGCCUGCCGAGACUAUCCUGAGGCUGUCAAACCCAGCCAAAUUCUUUCCGCACUUUAAGCCCCUGCAGGCGCACGGCUACGAGAUUGUCUCGGGCCGCGGCGACGUCUUGGUCUUUCGCAGGGUCGGGCGGGCGGAGCCCGGCGCGCCUGCAUACGACCCAAGCGUCGUGGGCAGGCGGAAGCGAUCGCUGGGCAGUAAGCUGGUCCUCGGCACGGCAGCGGCGGCCGGCACCGUGUAUGGCGUCGGCGUGUUGGCGGAGCAUCUGUCGGCAAAUGGCCUGAUUUAA